AUGUUUGCGAUUCAAAACGUGCCUUCAAAACCUGGCUACAAAAAAAGCCCCCUAAAUCCCCCCUGGCUAUUCGGUGAAAGACUCGACCGAUUAAAGCCCAAGCGACCAACCAGAGCGUAUGCCGGAGCCAAUAAUGGACACCGAUCUGCAAUGGAAGAAGCUGAGACCGUAACCGUCUCCGCUCUAGGGCACCAAUCUCCCGAAAGGCGAUUAACAGAUGUGGCACGAUUAUCUUUCAAUCCAAAUAUACUUAUGCAGCUACGCCAGGCAAAGGCAAAACACGACCGAUGUCUGAAUUCUCCGGAGAAACCAGAGGGAUCGAAUUGGUUCUCUUCAGAGAUGUUAAAUGUUAAUAAAAAGGCAAAACGCGACCGAUGUCUGAAUUCUCCGGAGAAUCCAGAGGGAUCGAAAUCUGCUCUUCAGAAAUUAUACAUGGUUAACAACCCCACCUGGCCCGUGGUCGGGCGCGGCCUUUCCCCUUCGUCUAUAAAGCCACCAGGAGUCCACUUCUUCCGAACAUUCACUCGUCGCUUCGUCACUCAUUUGUUCACCAUGCGGCUGCUUAUAUUCGCAGGUCUUUUAGCAAUUUCCCUCGCGGAAAAGACGAUUUCUCCCGCGGCUGAAAAGGCAGAAGCGUCUCCUGGCAAUGCGGACGACAUUGUCAUGUUGGAAAUCGACGUGAAGGAGCCUGUGAAGAGAUCACCGAUACAAGCCAGCACCGAUUAUGGGGCCAAUCAGUAUAGCCUUCAGAGUGCUGAUGGUAUUCAACAGCUGCCACCGGAGUACCUGUCCGCGUUGCAGUAUGCGCAAGAGCAACCGCAGCCGGCGCCGCCCCAACGCAGACCGCAGCCGGCGUACGCGAGACAGCAACAAGCGUUGCAACAAGCCUACUACAACUACCGCAAGCCGACGGUAGUUCCGCCCCGGCCACGUGCUCAACUUCAUCCCCAGGCGUUAGCUCAAGCGGAGGCAGCCGCGGAGAUACAAGCUCAAGUGGACGCUCAAAGUCGCGCGGAAGCGAUACGCACCGCUCGUUUAGGUUCUAGCCAAUCGGGGGCGAACAGCUACCAGGUACCUUCCUACAGUCAACCGAAACUGGGCACGUUCGAGCAAGAACUCCUACAAUUGGUCUCAGCGAAUCAAGCACAAGAAUUCAAGCUGCUCCCGACCCAGCCGAAAGGAGGCUCAUCCGCGUACUCCCAGCAGUUGGUCGGUUACCCAGUGCAAUACGCUAAGCCUACAGCAGCGCCACCUCAGCUACCGGAACAGUACCACAUCGAAACAUCGCCGCCGCGUUACCAUCAGCCGCAACCUGUCGUGGGAUACCAAUCGGUCGAAGAACCGGCCCAGUACCAACCACAGCCCGCGAAAGCCUUCACUCCAUCUCCCCAGUACGACUACCUCGCGGACGAAGCGCACUUAAAGGCCCUAGAGCAGGCCCAAGCGCAGGCUCAAGCUCAAGCCCAGGCUCAAGCGAUCGCGUUCCAAAAGGUCGCUCAAGUCGAGUACCAGAAACACGCGCAGAACGCUCUGGCGCACAUACAGCUGAACAACGAGCAGGACAAACAACGGUCCGCUCUGGAACAGAUCCAACAGGGCGCCCAGGUCAGCGACGCGGGUCGCAACUAUCAGCACGAGCAACUGCUCCCGAAAGGAGCUGAGGCCGCCUAUAGGGCGAAACAGAAGGCUGAAUCGGCCACUGAGGUAGCGGAAGCGAGGAAACAACAACAGGCGGCUGAAUUCAAGGCCCACGCGGACGCCAUACGACACCUGGAAGCUCAACAAAGAGCUCAUCUGAAGGUCCAGGAGCAGGUGGCCGACUAUGCGUUGAACUUCGAGAAGAACCAGAUGCGCGCCCAGGAGAUCGCGCAAGCGCAGGCCGAGGCGCUCUACAAGAUGCAGCUGCAGGAACGGGGAGAGCUCAACAAACAGAUCAUAGCGAUCUCGAAGAAUCAAGUACAAGGGAAAAAGGUGGACGGGGAUUCUCCUGUUUAUCAUUACAAUCUGCAAACUAGCAAUACACCCUAUACUCUGCCGAACAGUUACUUCAGCAACGACGAGCUGCAGAAGUACCAAGCGUCCAGUUCCUCCUAUGUCCCCAGAUCUGUCCCGAAACCAGACGGCGCCGAGCCAAUCGAUGUCGCCCAAUUGCAGCCGGUCAUCACGCAACCGCGUCAAGCGCACAAACUAAAGAUCCCAUCUGUCCCCCAAUCGGUGUACGUGUCUGAUUCUGGUUUGUUGAAGAAGUCACCGAUCAAGUCGAUAACUAUCGAAGAAAUUGAACCCCAGAUCAACAGCCGUCCCGUCUACCAAACUGCCACCCCUAAAGCACGCACUCUGACGGAGGAGGAUCUGUCUGCUCUGAUCAAUGCUGGAUACACGGUCACUCCCGUGCCACCAUCGGCCAAGUCUGACCAGCAAGUGUACGCGGUGGAGAACACGUCCGCGGGUUAUUACACGAAGAAACAAAAGCCAUCGAUCCCCAGACCAGAAUAUAUCGCUUACGAGGAGGUGAUCCAACGGCCACGUAAACUGAUCGGUAGAACCAGACCGCUUCUGAAGCAGCACGACGGCGAAGGCGAGGCCAGCGAGAAGGUCACUUAUCUGGUGCCUUUGGAAAUGAGUAUUAAUCAUGCAACAUGUAAAUGA